AUGGCCAAUCCUAGUAAUUGGCCAUCUUUUCUUAUGUUGGUCUUGGCCUUGUAUGCCAUUGCUGCUCAUACAAGUGCCCAAUACACAUACUCUCCACCAUCACCACCUCCAUAUGUCUACAAGCCACCAACACCUCCUCCAUACGUCUACAGCUCCCCUCCAUAUGACUACAAGCCACCAACGCCUCCUCCUUACGUCUACAUCCCUCCUCCAUAUGUUUACAAGCCACCAACUCCUCCUCCCUACGUUAACAGCCCUCCUCCAUAUGUUUACAAACCACCAACGCCUCCUCCCUACGUCUACAGCCCUCCUCCAUAUGAGUACAAGCCACCAACUCCUCCUCCCUACGUCUACAGCCCUCCUCCAUAUGUUUACAAGCCACCAACACCUCCUCCCUACGUUUACAGCCCUCCUCCAUAUGUUUACAAGCCACCAACACCUCCUCCCUACGUUUACAGCCCUCCUCCAUAUGUCUACAAGCCACCAACACCUCCUCCUUACGUCUACAGCCCUCCUCCAUAUGUCUACAAGCCACCAACCCCUCCCCCUUACGUCUACAGCCCUCCUCCAUAUGAGUAUAAGCCACCAACUCCUCCUCCCUACGUCUACAGCUCUCCUCCAUACGUUUACAAGCCUCCACCAUCACCUCCUCCUUAUGUCUACAGCUCUCCUCCAUAUGUUUACAAGCCUCCAAGCUAUAGUUCUCCUCCAAUAUACUAAACAAACAUAUCAUGACAGUUUCGUUUAUCAUCUAUUAUAGUUAUGGAAUAAAUAUAUCUCUUUCUAAAUUGUCGUACAUGAAAUGUAUUAAUGUGGUUAUAAACCAAGUGCAUUCUUUGUUGUGCGUUUGCUUCUUUUGAUGUUGUUUUUACACUUUAAAAAUCAAUAUACUUGUUCU